AUGGAUCGUGGCUCUGGAGGUCUGCCGUCUCCAGGCCCUACAGGCCAGCUCAAUACCAGCAGUGCAGAAAGCAAGGCUUUGGAGGCAGGGGAGCCGCUGGGGGUCCGCCUGGUGAACGGGAGCAGCCGCUGCAACGGGACAGUGGAGGUCCUGCUCGGGAAGUCCUGGCAGCCCGUGUGCGGGGCGCUGUGGGACAGCAGCGCCUCCGAAGCUGUGUGUCGCGCCCUGGGCUGCGGCGCGGCGGGGACAGCUUCCCUGCGGGUCCUUCCGACUAUGGAGGUGUCUCCUGGGUCACCCACGGGGAACACCAGCCGGGCCCCGAACGUCACGCAGGCCCUAGCGCCAGCAGUCCUGUGCAGCGGCGCUGAGUGGCGGUUCUGCCGGGUGGUGGAGCGCCCGUGCAGCGGUGACGGGUGGCUGGCCCAGCUCACCUGUGCAGAGACCCGCGAUUUGCGGUUGGUGGAUGGAGGUAGCCCCUGCGCUGGCCGCGUGGAGAUGCUGGAGCACGGCAAAUGGGGGACAGUGUGCGACGACACAUGGGACCUGGAUGAUGCCCAAGUGGUGUGCCAGCAACUUAAAUGCGGCCGGGCAAUCCAGGCCCUGCCAGGAUUGCACUUCACCCCCGGCAAAGGGCCCAUCCACCGAGACCAGGUGAACUGCUCAGGAACUGAGGCCUACCUGUGGGACUGCCCCGGGCUGCCAGGAGACCAGUACUGUGGCCACAAGGAAGACGCCGGCGCCGUGUGCUCAGAGCACCAGUCCUGGCGCCUGACGGGGGGCAUCGACCCCUGUGAAGGGCAGGUGGAGGUGUACUUCCGAGGGGUCUGGAGCACCGUGUGUGACAGCGAGUGGUACUCCUCAGAGGCCGCGGUGCUGUGCCGGGCCUUGGGCUGUGGAACCGCGGUGGAGCAACCCAAGGGCCUGCCCCACUCCCUGUCAGGCAGGAUGUACUACUCAUGUGAAGGAAAGGAGGCCACCCUCUCUGACUGCUCCUGGCGGUUCAACAACUCCAACCUCUGCAGUCAGUCAAUGGCAGCCAGGGUCCUCUGCUCAGGUUCUCGAAGAUUGCAGAAUAUCUCUACUCCUGAAGUCCCUGCUAGUGUUCAGCCAGCCACCAUGGGGUCGUCUGUGACAGUGAAGAUGGAGGACUGGGGGUCCCGGGAGCUGACGCUCCUCAUCCCCUGCAUCCUCCUGGCAGUUCUCCUCCUGGUCUCCCUUAUCUGCAUGGCUGUCAUCCUCUUGAGAGUUAAAGGGAAAUACGCCCUCCCUGCUCCAGCGAACCAGCAGCACCUUCCCACCACCAUCCCAGCAGGGAGCAAUAGCUACCAAGCGGUCCCCAUCACCAUCCCCAAAGAAGAAGUUCCCAAGCUGCCCAUCCAAGUCCGGGUCCCGCCCCCCGAGGACUCGGACUCCAGCUCGGACUCCGACUAUGAGCACUAUGACUUCAGCUCCCAGCCUCCCAUGGCCCUGACCACCUUCUACAAUUCCCAGAGGCACCGGGUCACGGAGGAGGAGGCCCAGCAGAGCAGGUUCCAGAUGCCCCCUUUAGAGGAAGGGGCUGAGGAGCUGCAUGUUCCCCACGUCGUCCCAGCAGCCAUCCCCGCACACCACUUUGCAGACCGUCCCUCUCUGGUCCCCCAGUUUCACCCAAGGAUCAACAGUGGGUCCAGCACAUCUUCUGGGGAGGAUUACUGCAACAGCCCCAGCACCAAGCCGCCUCCGUGGGACCCCCGGGGGUUUUCUUCAGAGAGGAGCCCCUUCCAGGAGCAGCCCCCCAACUUGGAGCUUGCUGGGUCCCAGGCAACUUUUGCAGGGCCCUCGGUUGACGACAGUUCCAGCACCUCAUCUGGCGGAGAGUGGUACCAGAACUUCCAGCCGCCACUUCAGCUCCCCUCGGUGGAACAGCUCCCCUUGGUGGAACAGCUCGAGUGCCCAGGGACCCACAACCCCCAUCGGGACUCCACCGACCAGGAAGACUAUGACGACAUCGGAGCUGCCUAGCCUGGGUCCAGCCCGCCUCCAGGGAGGGCCCCGCUCUGCCCUCCUGCUCCCCUCUCCCUGCCUUCCAUCAAUCCCAGGGGUCCAGGCCUUCCCUGGGGAGGUGGAAGGGGACGUCCCUGAGCCCCGGAGUCUCCGU